UUUUAGAAAUGGACGAGCCGACGGACGGAAUAGUCAUGCCGAAUUUGGCACUAAGCAUUCAGGAUGAUAAAAGAAUGUGUGCAAUGACUGCCAAUGACGAUAUAAAUGUAAAUGGUAGUCAGCCUGGUCCUAGUCGACAACAACAAACAGACAAGUUAUCAAAGACUGUGGAUGACGAUUUGGAAUUAGUACUCGCAGAAAUGGAAGAAAAUAAUACACUGCCAGUAAACAAUGCGAGUGUUAAUAGUGGAAAUGAUCUACCAGUCACUAUGGAUGAGUUGAAUACUCUGCUAGCAGUCAAUGAAGCAUUUAAUGAAACUUUACAGAAUUUGAUCCGGCGUGUUACAUUAGCUAUAUCUAAGAAUCGUGAAGCACAAAAAUUGUCAAAAGCUAAGUUGCGGCAAACAGCAGAACGUGGAUUACGAAUUAAUAUAAAGAAAGUGCCAGUUUCACGGUUUUUAUUCCCAUAUUUUCGCGAUUCUCAUGAAAUGGAACCACCAAAAAAUGGCGAAUAUGAGCUAAAGGUUUUUCGUCGAGAAUACGACCCUUUGGUAAAAGAAGAGAAGAAAUGGUCAGCGAAGGAAUGUCAGUUAUUGGCAAACGCAGUGUGGAAGUCUUUAAUCGAAAUCCGCAUUCAACCUUUCAUUCAGAGGAAAGAAAUGUUUACCGAAAAGAUUCGCGCAGCUGGUCAAGAAACAUCAGCGGAACAGAUAGCUGAUUGGAAUAGUACUAUUGCUGAGAUGGAACGUUUGAUUGCAUACCACAAAAAUCUGCCAGAAAACGAAGUGUUACUGAGUGACUAUUCUGAAGUGGACUGGGCGAAGAUUGCUAAAGUUGAUUUCCUCGGAAAUCGAACGCCAAGACAGCUACGAUUGAAAUGGAUCAAUGAACAAUAUCCACGAUGGUCAAAGGAACCCUGGUCCUCUCACGAAAUGCAACGUUUAAAAGAAUGUGCAGGAAGGUGGAAUAAUUGGAAUGUAAUUGCGGAACGAUUAGGCACGAAUCGUACGGCUUUUCAGUGUUUCGUAAAAUUCAGGAGUGAAUUGGAUAUAGACAAUGUUGGACGGUCAUGGACGAAGGAGGAGGAUGCCCAAUUGAUGACUUUGGCGCACUGCAUGCAGGUGAAUGGUAAAAUGAAUUGGGAGAAAAUUGCUCAUUACAUGGAAGAAAGAUCACGGCAGCAAUGUACAAUUCGAUAUAGGCGAGCGCUUGAUACUGAUAUCAAAUUUGGUCGAUGGGAUGCAAAUGAGGAUGUGCUUUUAACAUGUUCCGUAAGUCGGUUUGGAACAAAAGACUGGAUAAAAGUAGCAUCAUGUGUUCCGGGAAGAAGCGAUUCGCAGUGCCGUGAUAGAUGGGUAAAUGUGUUGGAUAAAAGUAUUAAGGCGGAGCCGUGGUCAGUGGAUGAGGAUGAAAAAUUACUUGAGGGAAUAAGAAUUUUCGGUAAAGGUGAAUGGUCGAGAAUUUCAACAAUGCUCCCAGGUCGUUCUGCUUCGCAUUGCAAAUCACGCUUCCGAUCACUUCUUUCAGCAAAAGUCAAGCUGGCUUCGGAGUGCCGCUCAUAUCCAUUCAGACGUUUUAGCUGGAAAGGCAAACAUCGCCGACAAGAAGUCGAAGCAACAUUCCGGAAGUUAUUAGCAGCUGAUGGUAAAGGAAGUUUGGCGGAACAAGUAAUGAACUCAUUUGAUAUGCGAGCAUUAAGUGUCGAUGAAAUGGAGGCGUUAUCUGCGAUGGCACCUGAACAAAGAAUAACGGUAAUGCAGUUUCUUAAUGAAGUUCGUGAAAAACAUCUGGAUAAUGAUGUGAAGGAUAAUCAGUCGAUUUGGAAAUUGCUGAGCGAUAAAUUGCAAUUCAAUACUAAUUACUUGGAUAGUUCAACACAAAGUGCCUUGCUAAAGUAUUACAAGAGAUUCCUUGGCGGAAGCACUAAUGAACUUUUAACCCGUUAUGAAAAAAAUGAAUUCGACACGAGAUGCAGAGUUUUGGAAGAAACUGAUCCAGAGGCUGCAAAAGAUCACGUCAUUAAUGGGUUGUGUGAUUUAAUUGAACGGAAUGAUAAUUCGCAGUGUUGUAUGCAUCAGAAGAAGUUUACCAGAAGUCAGGUUCUUGAUGAAGUUGUUCGAUACAUAAAUUCGGUCCUUAUCGGUGACAUAAAUAAAGCUGUAUCUUGUGGCACUAAUUCUUUUGCCAUACCACCCUGCAUUGGCUCACUACACUUACACGAAAAUAUUCAGAAGCAAAUUCAUUUGCUCCGAGAAUCUGCUGGCGAAUUCUUUGAACCGCUUGUUUCGGAUCGAGACGAUAAUAUAUUUUUGCAACUUUCACGACAGAUCACUUUGGACUCUGAAUAUGUCUUGCUUAAGGCAAAGUUGCGAACGUUACUCUUCUGGCCAAUGCUUUUGUAUAGGUCAAUAGAGAAUAAAGAAUCAGUGGAGAGAAGGGAGUAUUUACGUUCAGUUGCUACUUUGAAAUUAGCAGAGCAACAAAAGCUAGCUUUAGAAAGCCUUAAGAUACGACUUCAAAGUCAGCCACAGCCUCGCACAAAUCUUCUAACACCGGAACAAACAGUGGCUCCAGAAAACGAGCUUGAUGAUGAUUAUGCCGCUGAAUUGAGUGUUGGCGAAUUUCUGAAGCAGCGGAUGUAUAAACGGCCACGAAGAUACAUUACUGAUAAAAAAGUAGGACAGGAAGAUAUCUACGAAACCAGCGUUGUUGAACCGGAUUCAUCGGAAAUCAGUGAUGCGGUGAGCCAUCGUAUCGAUGAAUGUAUUAAAUCAGUUUGUAAUGCUGUUCAGAAAAUAUACGAACGUGAUUUUAUGAUUCCCGCUGCUUGCAGAGUGACUGUCCAGCAAUUGAACAAAAACAUUCCUGACAAACACAUUGUGGAGGAUGCAGUGAAGGAUGCAUUAGAUGCUGUUAUCGAUGGAAUUGCUAACGGAAUCAGUGAAAGUGCCGAAUUGUUACCGAAGAAGAAAGAACGGGCGAAGGACGUUGUAGAUGGUGACAGUUCUGGAUGGAAUGAAGCUGUUUCAGAAAUUCAAAAGCCUGAAUCAUCUAUGGUGAAAACUGGUUCCAGAAAACGAAGUGCAGCCGCAGAUGCUCCAAGUAGUAGUGGACAAGUUGGCAAGUCGAAGAGAGCUAGAAAACAAACAGAUGUCAAAUUACUGGAAAAGGAUGAUACGAAAAGAGGGAAGAAGAAAUUUGCCAAAAGGCAAGAUAGUAAAAGCUGAUAAUUCCGUUAUUAAGCCAUCUCAUUUCUAAACAAGAUGUUCGCCAUUUAGAUGUUGUAAAAGUUUUCCAGGUGGAAUGAAUAUAAUCAUAUUACGGGUGUGGGCAAUGGUGUCCACUUACAUCCUUUUCUCCAAAGAAUUUCUGUUUGCUGAAAUUUCUGAGUCCGAGAAUGUUGCUAUUCAUUUCUCAAGGGUUCAUGUUAUGCUUUAUUAUGUAUACUGUUGUUCUGCU